AUGAAAGGAGUGCUGUUGCCGGUGUAUCUAGCUCUUAUAUGCGCAUCUAACCAGAUAGAUCCUUUAUACAAUCCAACAAACGAGGCUUUGGCGAAGAUUAGCCGGGUCCUGGAAGUCGAGUCCCCUCAUGUUGAUGGUUGUCAAAAGAAGUAUACGGGAUACUUGUAUGUAUAUGACAAGGAUAUGCCCAAGGUGGUACCGGCUAAUCUAACAGCGAAGGAGCUUAGCCUGAGUUCGCUGAGAAUGAACGUCGCUACGUUCAGUUACCCAAUUCUACCUCUGGCGUCCGACCCGAGGUGUUUCCAAAUCGCGCGGAAGCUGAAUCCUGAGCCUCUGACGAUGUGCUGCAGCACGAUGCAGUGCAAGCGGGCGUGGAUGAACGCUUUGACAAAAUCGAUCUUCUGUCGCGGCUUGAUGGACCAAACGACUGGCAAAGGGGGCACCGAUCGUGGCGGCGCAGAAACGGGCGCCGGUAAAGCAGCAGAAAAGGACGAGGCCUCCUCAAGCUCGGCGACGACUUUGGCUGACGAUGGCCAGAAGGCUGAGGGUGGCGAGGAGGCUGAGGGUGGCGAGGAGGCUGAGGGUGGCGAGGAGGCUGAGGGUAGCGAGGAGGCUGAGGGUGGCAAGGAGGGUGGUUCUAAGGGUCGGAGUGCAGAGGCGGGCGAGGGGCUUCUGUCGGACGACUUUGAGGAAUAUUUGAUUAUAAUUGAGCCGGCGACAUCGCAGGUCGCAGACAUAGGUUCUUUUUGA